AUGAAGUCACCCAGCACACAAAGAGGGCAAAUUACCAUACUGUGCAGAUCAUUGGAACCGGUGAUAAACGCUGAAAAUCCUAUUGCCCAUGGAUGGAUUUCUUCAGACGGUGAAUUAUUAUUAUUUAAAUUAUUAUUAUUAUUAUUUAAACAUAUUUAUCAGUGGAUGACUGUUGCCGUAGCUCCCCCGGAACUACUCGAGCAAAUUUAUUGCUCAUGUCGCAAGACAAAAUGCUCUGCCCAAUUGUGUUCCUGUUUUUCGCAAAACAUGCGAUGUGGACCUCUUUGUAAAUGCACUGAGUGCGAGAAUGGUGAGCAAGUCUUUUCUGACCUUGUGUCUGAUGCGGUCGACGACAUCCUAAAUGGUGAUGACAGUGAUUCCGAUAUGGACGCUUACAUUUUAUAA